UUAGUUUUUAGUAACCACAAAAGUACUCAUGAUGUGCAAAAAGAUAGUGAGGUAAAAGAAGACCUCCAGGAUGACAGAAACAUAAGAAAGCAAGAUGACAGUGCAUGUGGUUAGUAAAACUAUUUUUCAUUUUAUUUUGAGGACAUUUUGAUUUGUCCUUGACAAAGUUUAAAAUUAUGUAUUUAGAAAUCAAAUAGGGAAACCGUCUUUAAGUUUAUUAUCAUGCAGCUCCCUUCCAAAAUGACCACGAAAGACACAUACACAGGGGUCAAACCAUUUUUAAUUAAUUUUAAUCCAUUGGAAUAAGUAUACUAGCUGUAUGCUAUUGAGUGCCUGGGCAUUGUGUGGCUUUAUGUAUUUUUUAUUUACAAUAACCACCUAUCAUAAGCAGCGGAUAUGUAAGUGACCACCCAUUCAAAACACUAUAAAUUUUCCCAGGUUACAGGACAAAACUGUAUUCAGGUUAAAAAUUUUUAACUUACGUCGAUUCUCAAUUUCCUUCGUCUCCUAACCCUAUAUGUAAUUCAUGAAUAAAUACUAUUUAGGAUACAAGGGAAAUUGAGAAUAAUCCUACUGUAGAUUAAAAAUUUUUAAACUGAAUUUAAUUUUGACCUGUAACAUUUAUUAUACUAUUUUUUAAUGACCAUUUGACUCAUGUUGUAAUAUAUCUCGACUCCUUGUUUAUAUACCUGCCAACUUUUUCUGAGAUAUAAGCGUGAGAUUUUUAUCCUGGGAGUGCUGGGAUUUUUGAAGACGACACGAUCAUUUCCGAAGAUUCCCGAGGAAGUCCGAAGUCUUCCGAAGACGUCCGAAGUCUGCCGAGGUCUGCCAAAGGCGAGCUCGCUCCCAGUGCUUUUCACUUCAAAAAUCAGAGAUCGCGAGGAAGGUAUUGCAAUUUAUUCAUUUUACACAUGGUUUUCGUUCCUUACAUUGGUCUGAGUUAACAUAUUUUUGGAAAUUGUGACAAGCAGGACGGCAACAACUCACAUUUUUCAAUCAGGCGUGAGAAAUUGGCCCGCAGGCGUGAGCCGGCGUGAGAUCGAAGUUUUCAACCCGCAGGCGUGAGACUCACGCCUAAGGCGUGAGAGUUGGCAGGUAUAUGUUUACUGUAUGUACCAUAAUGCUAUUCAGGGUAAUAUACAAACAACUUUCAGUGACAACUAGAAACUGCUGAUACUUAAGUAACUGCAUGAUGCAGUAAAUUAUCUUCCAAAAAAAGGAUGUUAUGUGUUGGGAUCUCUUCUCAGAAGAGACCCCCUGUGGGUCAAUUCUCGUACCUGAUCGUGAUGCAUCAUGUAAGCAACCACUUAAAACCUUAGCAUUUUGGGUGGUCACUGAUUACAGGAGGUGCAACAGUAUUUUUCUUUGGGCUGAGCAUAUUGCAUUGACUGACCCUUUUUGUCAUUUUUAGUGGCCUCUGGUGUGAUUGCUUCGAGGGAAAGACAUCAGGCUAAGUUACCUCCUGGAGCAAUACCAAAAAUACGCCCCAGUAAACCAUCACAAAGUCCUGAUGGAGAAAAGAUAUGGGCACAACAAACUUUAAAUAUUGACCCGGUCUCAGACUUGGAAGAGGGAGGACUACAUGAACCAUUGCACAAUACACAGCAAAAGCUGCUGAAGCAAGGUGGUGAUACUCAACCUACAAACGGUAGAGAAACAUCUAAACCUAAAGGUAUGUGUGGAAGUAACUACAGUGUACAUAAUUAUCUAAAGGGUUAAGCUGUGAAAAAUUGAUGGCUUUUCCUUAGCUUAAUAAAAAGGAUAUUAUACACUCAGUUAGAAUCGAACAAUUUGCUAUGUAGAGAAGAAUAAUGUAACACUUUACUGUAUGGCAGCAGCUUUCAUUUCAUAGCCAUGCAACAUUUCUUGAAGAAUAUCAAAUCAUUUGAUCAAAAAGUUAAACGCUAAAAGAUUUUUAAAAUACAUUUAAAAAACAUUUAAAAAAGUGAACGACGUUUCGGCGCUACGUUACGCCAUUAUCAAGUUGAAAAGUGAAAAAGUAUAAGGUGUAAAACGAAUAAUUUAUAUAAAAUUUUGAAACAAUACAUAAAAUAUUUGCGGGUCCAAUUGGUAUAAUUUCCGUGGUAAGAAACACAAUAAGAGAAAAAAAAUGUACGAAAGUGUCACGUAAAUAGUUUGGCGCAAAUGGAGUGGGCUUGCAUGUUAAGAGAAGGCUUGAUGUCCUUCAUGUAUAACAUCUCGUAGACUAAGCAAUCAAACUUGUUGUUACAUUUCCUCAGAACUUUGAAACAGUGGUCAGUCUUUGUUCUGUUGUUGCCAUGCUGUGUGUCAAGGUGUUUCCCGAUGGCUGAAUAACGGUGUUCACUUAUGCGGUGAUGUAAGUGUCGGGCAGUGUACCCGACAUUAUAAUUUGCAUUGCACAAAUCACAUUGAAAUAAGUAUACAACGCAUUGAGUGUUGACGAUCGGAGGCUUGUUUUUGUUGACACUCAGGACAUCAAGCCUUCUCUUAACAUGCAAGCCGACUCCAUUCGCCCCAAACUAUUUAAGUGACACUUUCGUACAUUUCUUUUUUUUUUCUCUUAUUGUGUUUCUUACCUUGGGAAUUAUAACCAUUGGACCUGCAAAUAUUUUAUGUAUUGUUUCAAAAUUUGAUAUCAUAUUCGGUUUACACCUUAUACUUUUUCACUUUUCAACUUAAAUUCUCACCAUUUUCAGCAGUGUAGUAUGUUUAUUUUGCAACAAAACAAUAAAUGGUAAUAAAAAAACACAAAGAUAUCCAUGUAACAAAGCAAGGUUUCUGUAAACUACUCUGAAGAAAACUCCGUCUUCAGGGAAGUCUCUUAUCAGUACGUAAUCAAUUUCAAUUUCAAUCUCAUUGUCACCCAAGUGGGUGGGGUAGGGGUGGGUGCUUAUUAACUUUUUCUGCCUUUAGGAUGGGCACUCAUUCGAGGUGGGCACUAAUUCGAGGUUGGGCGCUUAUUCGAAUAAAUACGGUAAGCGUUGAAACAUUGGAGACAUGUAUUUUGAGAUUUACUAGGGAAUGAGUCAUAGUUUUCUUACAUAAUUCAAAAUGAUUAGUUCAUCGUUAUUAGCACUCUUAUAGCAGCAGUUCUGUGACCGGACAAGUUUCUGACAUGCAGCCAGGCCUACAGUUAAACUUACAGACCUUACCGUAAUAACAAGCAUUGUAUUUUGAUCCCAUCAACUGAAAGCUCUGAUUGCUCUGGAAAGAAACUGGCAUAUUUCCUUUGUUUGUAGUGACCUGUGGGGCAGUUACUUCUGAGGAAAAACAUCAGGCUAAGCAUCCUGGAGCAAAACCAAAGAAACGUCCCAGUGAGCUGCCUCAAAGUCCUGAAGACAACAAAUCAAGUGUACAAGAAGCUUCAACAACAGUGGGGACAAUGUCCUGUAAUCAUGAUGCAGUGUUGGAAGGCAAUUUAAGAAGCCAGUCUUCAGAACAACUGCCUUUGAAUCCAAACAAUUCAGAAUUUCUCACUCAGCCCUCUCUACCCUUUUACAGUAACCAAGAGCCAAUACUACAUGAUAGGUACAUUUUAAAACUAUUAUUACCUUAACAUUUUACUGGCAUAAUUAUGUUUGAUUACAAAGAGUCACACAAAGUUAUAGCUGAAGAAAAAUAUAUGGUCCUUACUUUUUUCUUUUAUCAAAACAGUCCAAGCCGUCAACCUUCUGAAGCUAAGUACUUGUCUCCUCCCAGUCGCAGAGUUGGUAAGGCUAGAAAAGCAUCUUCUAAAGACGACAGCAGUGAUAGUGGUCAGGAAAAUAAUUUUGUGACUGGCCAAGAUACUAUGGUAACUUCACAGUCAGGUACCACCAUGCAGUUACCUCCUCGGCCUUCUAGUCCAGAAGAAAAUGAUGACAUGAUAAAAAAUGAUGGCCUAAUGCAAAAACUGAAAAAGGUUUUUAUCAUUGAAGAUCUUCAAUUCAUCAUUAUAGUACUCAAUUCAUAGUAAUUAAGAAGGAGAAGUUUUUAGUGGUAAUAUUUAAAGAUACAUCAACUUCCUUCUUGCCCUGAUUUUUCCACAAGUGUUUAGAGCUCAUCUCUAGGUUGGAUAGGGUAGCUUCUGGUGUGGUAGUGAUCCACCUUGGUCUUCAAUAAGGAGUAUUGACCAAGUGUGAAGUCUUUGAAUUCUUUUUCAGUUUCCUUUCACAUGAACUUUUGAAAAUUGACGAUUAGUUAUUAGCUGAAUUUAUAAUAUUUCAAAAAGUGAUGGUUGUGGGAAUUUAGAAAUGGCCCGUUUAGAAGGAUUUUUUAGUAAAAAUUCUGACACAUGUAGGUUCAGUGUACCCCAUUAUUCUUGAAUUAAGGCCAAUGUUUAAUCUUUUUUUGUUUCAGACAUUAAUUUUUAUAAAUGUAUUUCUUAAUGUAUUAAAAAUAUGUAAUGAAUAUUAUUUUAAUGGACUGUAUUUUUUUUUUCAGGAAAACAAGACCUUACGUUUAAAUGAGACACACUUGGUGGAGGUAAAUGUUGUUUCCAGGUUAAAAUGGGUUUUGUUCAGUUGUGCAUACAUGUAUGUUGAGAUUUGAAGAAUGCAGGAAGUUUGGAGAGCACAAAAGAUAUAUUUCAGCGGAGAGCAAGUCUAUCCUCUUGUGUUAUUAGGCAAAUUAUCUAGCUAACAUGAGGCCCUGUUCGCAUGACAGAAAAUUUUGUUUGUGUUACAACAAAAUGUGUUAACAGGGAGCCAUUUCUAGUACAAAUGAUUUUUUACACCCACCAAAAUUUCUCAAGCAUCACUAAACUUCAAAGAUGCCAUUGAGAAGUUUUGGGGGCCGACAAUUUUUUUGUCAGGAGACAAAAUCCUUUGUUUCUUGACAAAUAUCCUUCUUUGUAUACUUAUGCUGCCAAUUAUAGUUCCUUGACAAAAACGAAAAGUUGGUAACUACAAAUUGUAAAAUUUUUUGCAAGCGCCAAACUCGUGACAAAAAACAGGGCCUUAUAAAUAUGUAUAUUAGUGCAUAAAGAAAAUAUCUUUGCUUCAAGACAUGAAUCACUCCCUGAAUGUUGCUGUAAGACUGACCUGUACAUGUUUUAAGCGGUAACGUCUAUUUACAAGGAUUCGUGACUGAGUAGUCAGGGUUUUGGACUUGCAAUCUUGCAGACCCGUGCUUGAGUCCCAUUUUAAUUGGCCACAUUUGCUGAAAUUUUUCUUGGUUGUCCUGAGUUCAGAUCCUCAGCAACACUAUUGUAAAUAGCCAACUGGUUGCCUCCUUUCAUUUAAGGUUUUAAUCCUGUUAUGUUAUUAUUUGAAUUUUGUUUCUAGUUAUUUGAGUGGGCUGCCUGUAUUAACUAGCUGGAGAAGCCAAGCACACUUUCUACUGUAAACAAACCUUUAACCUUUAUAACCUUUAUAAGUGGUCGCAGUGAUUUUUUCCAAGGAUGCAGCUAGUUAUUUUUUAUUGUCUUAUUUUACAGUCACUUUGUCAAGAUGUUCUAUACUAACUACACUAUGCAUGGUGUUUAGUUGUCUUUACUUCUUCUAUUGAUAAUACAAUUUAUAAUGAUCGACUUUUGAUAUUCCUUAAUGUAUUGUACGUGUUACUAGGUAAACAGAACACUCACACAAGUCCUCCAAAAACAGUCUGAAGAAAUCCUGUGUCUUAACAAUCAGGCAGAGGUGAGAUUUAAGCUCUGCAUUGUUUUGAUAAAUGAGAAGGUCUAAACCAGGCCUGCAAAUAAUGAGGUCACUAAAAUGGCAAUGCCGGUUAACCUUGACACAAAGCUGCGGGGGAGGCACUCCCUUAUAUGGCCUAUACGGGUAUGUGCCACUGUACACGCUAUGGUUUUUGACCUCUCUGUGCUAAACAAGAAGUUUAAAAGUCGUGUUACGAAAAGUAGUAUAAAAUUAUGUUAUCAACCAUUGCUGAAGAAGUAAAAAUCGUAAUUGACUCCAUUGAGUGUUUUAGCCAAUCAAAAGGGGUCAAAAGAAUGCCGAUUUAGUGAAUUUAUCUUAGUUCUUGAAAACUGGGAUUUGUUCUUGAAAUGUCCUUGGAAAGGCCUUGAAUUUUGUUUCUCUGAAGUUGUACUAACCAUGUGUAGUAUUAUCGUGCUUGGAGUAGUUAGAUCACUGCUAAAUUUGUGGCCCACAGAUGAUCUCAGAGGAAAUGAAGUUUAUGUGUGCUAAAGUGAUUUAGUUGAGGUGUUCCACAAUAUCGGAAUUUCUGGAACAGUCUUAACACUUUGUUUGUUUAUAGACCUGGGCUGAGUUGCUCAAAGCAUGGUUAGCUUUAACCAUUGGUUAAGCAGUAUCAAAACCAAUACGUUGUCAAGGUAUUAAACGCUGGUUAACUCUAACCAUACUUCGAGCAACUGGGCCCUGUUUGUUACUCCAGCCUCUACUUGUUCAAAUGAUGGAUAACGCUAUCCACUGGAUGAAAUCUCUAUCUACUAGAGAACGCAGUGGGUUUCCCUAACACUUAUCUGUUGGAUAGCGUUUUAUUCUGUGGAUGUACUGGCUAUACAACGUUUGAACAACCAGGGCCGGAAGAGUAAAAAAUAAUUACCCAAAAAAUACCUCCCACCCCCACCCCACACCACCAAAAGAGACAAAGAAGUGAGAUUGUUUGCUAGGUAACCGGAAAUAACGACGGUUUUUAAACAAAACUUAGUGCGCUUCUUACUCUUUUUUCUUCCAUUUAUUUUUCAGACAAUUAGGACUGAAAACGCCCAGCUACUUGAGCAAAAAGGUGCCCUAGAACAGGAAAAUAAUGAGGUAUUAUCCGCUUGAUAAGGUUUCAACCUCUUCAUGCCAAAAAUUAGUUCCCACGCCAAUUAAAGCAUGCAAUAAUAAGAAGCAGCCUGUUGGCGGGUAAUAUUGAGGGAGUUUUUACCUAAGGUGCUCUUAAGGAGUUAACUUUUCAGCAUAUUGUCCACGUGCAUGCCCAACUUCAAAGUACAAUUCUGAACAAUUCUGCUCCCUUCCCACUCAGCCCUGCCUGUUUUUCUUUCCCUGAAAUAAUUUAUGGCUGAUUUAUCGCUUUGCACAUUUUACAAGAACUUGAAAUACUCAGCUCUUGCUUCUUUCUUUAGUUAAAAGAGUGCGCGACUGAAAGAUUAGCAGAAAUAGCUGCAAACAUGGAGACGAUUCGAAUGGCUGAAGCGGUAAUUACAUUUUACUUCUUAAAUCGUUCGGUAUUUUUUAUUAAAAUAUGGUAUUAACUUCCGAUCACGUGGACUUUAACAGCACUUACACACGCUUGGUCAAUAAGCAGAGUUAAAAUACAAUCACCUGACGAGAUACCACUCCGACUUUGACUCCUAUUAAGAGCUUCGGUCACCCGGACUCGACCUACUUUAUGUAUCUUAGCACUUAGAUUGUUGUCUUUGGGUAGCGCUAAAGUUCGACCUAAUGCCAAUGUAGUCGGAAAGAAAUGUGGAAAUCUGUCGUAUUGUUAUUGAAGCUAAAGAGAGAACGCGAGGCGAAGCGGGGGAAGGGGGGUGGGGAGGAAACUUUAUUGUUUUUUCCUGCUUAUAGCUCUUUGCGCCGAGCACACAAUCUAAAGACCUGGGCUUUUAAUGUUUGCUUUAUGAAAGCUGUUGUAUGUUGUCUUUUUUUAUGAAAAAAAUCAGAUUUGGCUGUUAAGUUUGGAAAAAGUCAUGGGGAGGGUCGGGAGUUAAAGUUUUGGACUGUAGUAACGUCAACAGCAGUACGACCACUGUUGAUCGGCGAAAGCUCGGAUUUUAACAAUCAACUACAUAUCUACAGCUUUUAAGGGCCUCACUCGAGCUACAAUAUUUGUAUCUACAAAUAUCAGUAACUGAUUAACUAUGUUUUAAAUUACAGGGGCUACGUUUGAAAUUUAACGAGUGUGAAGAACAGAAAGAGGUAAUGAGGCAAUAUAACUUAUGGCGGGCGUAGCAUUUGGAAAUGUGAUUGAUAAAAUUAAAAAAACACAUGGCCCACCCCUUCCCUUCGGCACAAAAAUGACUGACCCACCCCUAAAGCAAGUUUGGAAAUUACAUGACCCACUCCCUAGUAUUAAAACAUGGAAAUUUGGUUUCCUCUUAAUAAUCCAAUAACACCUUGUUCUGUGCAUGACAAAGCCAUAAAUCUCUAGCCUCUUGCCUCGCUUUUAUUCAUUCAAAAUAUUUACCCGAUUCUGAUUGGCUCAAAGCACACGCAUAAUUCACCAUAACCAGCUACUGAUGACCAAAUUUGGUAGAAUUUAGCGUUUAAUGAACCGAUGACGUCAAAAGUGCAGCCUUCGUGCAGGUUAAUGCACCCUUAACCGAGAAGACCUUGGGACGAAGUUGAGUUGUUUUAUUUGUGAAAACAAAAUGGCGGACAUUUCACUCGUUUCAAGAGUAAGAACUAGGCGAAAUAAUAGCUAAAACCAUGGGAAGAACAGCAAGAAGACAACUCGAAGGGCGACUUCUGCUAUUUGAAGUAUAUUUGCGGAGCUGAACAACCCUUAACGUGCACUAUGGAAGAUAAACUUAACAUCCAUGGAGGUAAGCAUGUUUUAGCUAUGUUUUUAAACUAGGAAGUAUUUUUAAUGAAUGAUAAAACAGUUAUUGAAUUCGGCUUGCGUAUCAGAUGAAGAAUUAUGGAGAUCUCGGAGGGUGUUAUCCGCCUUGGCCUACGGCCUCGACGUAUACCACCCUCCUGGAUCUUCAUAAUUCUUCAUAAGAUACUCAGCCUCAUUCAUUAAUUCUUAAAUAUGCCAGUCACCUCUCAUAUUGUCUGACGGUAAACUUAUUGUUAGUUUAUCUCCACUUCAGCUACUUAGCAGUUGUUUUGUUUUUCUUUCCUUUCGUUAGACGAUCAGGCAUCUAAAAAUGGUUAUUGGCCAGUUGGUUUCUCGAAAUGCUUCUGGCAUUAGAACCAUAGUAGAUAACCAAACAAGUGGUAGCUCUAGUGAUUACCUACAACUGCCUGGAUCUGCAGUAGACUUCUCGUCCCAG